AUGGCCCCAAGUCCGGGGAAGGUUCCCUCUCCUCUCAACAACACCCCAACUCUUUUACUUUCUCAUAUCUCUGGUCAAUGUGUCAGGUACCUGAUUAUGUCCGACGACACAUCCAAAUCGACGUCUAUUACCUCCUGGCAGAGGCCUAAUCAGACAGCCGGGGAGUUGCCAUCGCCAACCUCCGACGAUGCGCCCGCACCUACAGCCUCCACAUCCCGCCAAGCUCUUCUAGACCAAGCAUCCAAAUUCCUAGAAGACGAGUCUAUCCGCGAUGCACCAACAGAGCGGAAAGUCUCAUUUCUCGAGUCAAAAGGCUUGAGCUCAGAUGAUAUCCAGCAAAUUCUCGGCAUCCCUCACAACGCAGAGGCGAGUAGCAGCUCAACCGCAGCUGAGCACAAGACGCAGGAAGACACUUCAACUACCUCACCUAAUCAAUCCGAAGCCACCCCUUCUUCUUCUCCUACCACCUCCUCGCUACCCUCCAACACCGUGCCUCAAGCGCACCAAGCACCAGCGCCAGCACCAGCCAUGGCCCCCCGCGAUGUCCCCCCAAUAAUCACCUACCCCGAAUUCCUCUUCGAGCCAUCCAGGCCGGCACCCCUCGUGACAAUGCGCAGCCUCUUGUACACACUAUACGGCGCCACAGGCCUGGCAGCAAGUCUCUAUGGCGCAAGCGAGUACAUCGUGAAACCAAUGCUAGCGAACCUAACGAGCGCACGACAUGAGCUCGCCACCACAGCAGAAACGAAUCUGCAAAAACUAAAUGAGAAGCUAGAAAAGACAGUAUCCGUGAUCCCAGCGGAGUUAACAGCACGCAAGAGCAAGCCCCAUAGAGACGAAGAAGAGGACAACGUUUCAUCAAUCUCCUCGGACCCAACCGAGCUGUUCCACCGGGACGUGGCUACGCAAACAAUUCUAGAACCCAUCCCGGUGUCCAGCACCACGGGGCUCGUCAAUUUGGCGGACUCGACGGCUUUCUCGCCAUCGACGGCGGUUAACAACCACAUUAGCCGCGUUGAAUCUAUUACCUCGAAGCUGCGGGAGAUCGUCGACUCGGAGAAGAACGCGAGAACACUGGAUGACUCGAUGCGUACGCGUCUCACGGAAUUGCAUCAUUACUGUGAUGGGUUGAUUUAUAGUGGUCCUGCGUACUCCACUGGGUCGAUGUACGGGGUCUGGAAUUCCAAUACCUUGGGCUCUAACGGUAGCUCUAAUAUGCGGAAGGCAGAGGAUGAAGCUAUUGCUGAGUUUAAGGCUGAUAUUCGCGGUGUGAAGGGUGCACUGUUGAGUGCGCGUAACUUCCCUGCUAGUCGGAUAGGAAGGCUUGGUGGUCUUUCCGUCCGUGAACGGUGA